UCCGGGGCCGCCCUCCCGGUCGAGCAGCCCUGCCCCGUUUCCCCGCGGCCGCAGCGCCCCUAACGCCGCCGGUGCAGCCGCCGCCGCCGCCGCCGCCCGUAUUCCCGCCGCCGCCGCCUCGGCCGCCGCAGCGCCGACAGCAUGUCUCGGAGGAAGAUUUCGUCCGAGUCCUUCAGCUCCCUGGGCUCCGACUAUCUGGAGACCAGCCCCGAGGAGGAGGCGGAGUGCCCGUUGUCCAGGCUCUGCUGGAACGGCGGCCGCAGCGCGCCCGGGCUGCCCGAGCCCAGAGCGGCGCACGUCUCCGCCCGAGCCCCGGCGGCCGGCGCAGCAGCCGCCGCCGCAGUCAGCGCCGCCACAGCCGGGGCCAGGCGAGCGCAGCGCCGCCGGCGGGUCAACCUGGACUCGCUGGGCGAGAGCAUCAGCCGUCUGACGGCGCCCUCGCCCCAGAUGAUACAGCAGACUCUCAAGAGGACACUGCAAUAUUAUGAGCACCAAGUUACAGGUUAUAGGGAUACGGAAAAGAAUUUCUACAAUAUCUCUAACAGAUGCUCCUAUGCAGACCAUUCCAACAAAGAGGACAUUGAAGAGGUCUCAGGAAUUCUUCAGUGUACUGCUAAUGUACUCGGUUUGAAGUUUGAGGAAAUCCAAGAAAGAUUUGGUGAGGAGUUCUUUAAUAUAUGCUUUGAUGACAAUGAGAGAGUCCUUCGAGCUGUAGGUGGCACAUUGCAGGACUUUUUUAAUGGCUUUGAUGCUUUGUUGGAACAUAUUAGAACUUCUUUUGGAAAACAGGCCACUCUAGAGUCACCAUCAUUCCUAUGCAAAGAGCUCCGUGAAGGUACUCUUAUACUCCACUACUUCCACCCUCACCACAUUGUGGGGUUUGCAAUGCUUGGAAUGAUUAAGGCUGCGGGAAAGAAGAUCUAUCGGCUGGAUGUGGAAGUGAACCAGGUCGCUGAGAAACUGUGCUCUGAUGGUUCAAACCCAGGCAAUUGUAAUGGCCUCGCUUUCCUUAUCAGACAAUGUGAAAAUGCUAAUGUCACGAAGAACCUUCCUCAGGGAACAUCCCAAGUUCCUGCGGACCUCAGAAUUAGCAUCAACACCUUCUGCAGAGCCUUCCCUUUUCACUUGAUGUUUGACCCCCACAUGUCAGUCCUUCAGCUGGGGGAAGGCCUAAGGAAGCAGCUCCGAUGUGACACUCACAAAGUGCUCAAGUUUGAGGACUGCUUUGAGAUCAUUUCUCCGAAGGUUAAUGCCACCUUCGAAAGGGUUCUGCUGCGCCUGUCCACCCCAUUUGUGAUUAGAACCAAGCCUGAGGCUUCUGGCACUGAGAAUAAAGACAAGGUGAUGGAAGUUAAAGGACAAAUGAUCCAUGUCUCGGAAUCAAAUUCCAUUUUAUUCUUGGGUUCUCCAUGUGUGGACAAGUUGGAUGAACUUAUGGGACGAGGGCUACAUCUCUCAGACAUCCCUAUCCAUGAUGCUACUCGAGAUGUCAUCUUGGUUGGUGAGCAGGCAAAGGCCCAGGAUGGGCUGAAGAAGAGGAUGGAUAAAUUAAAAGCAACUUUAGAAAGAACUCACCAGGCCCUGGAAGAAGAGAAAAAGAAAACAGUGGAUCUUCUAUACUCCAUUUUCCCUGGUGAUGUAGCCCAGCAGUUGUGGCAAGGGCAGCAAGUGCAGGCCAGAAAGUUUGAUGAUGUCACCAUGCUGUUUUCAGACAUUGUUGGCUUCACAGCCAUAUGUGCCCAGUGUACCCCCAUGCAAGUCAUCAGCAUGCUGAAUGAACUGUACACAAGAUUCGACCACCAAUGUGGAUUUUUGGAUAUUUAUAAGGUGGAAACAAUAGGUGAUGCAUACUGUGUUGCUGCAGGGCUCCACAGAAAAAGCCUUUGCCAUGCUAAACCCAUUGCUCUGAUGGCCCUGAAGAUGAUGGAACUUUCAGAAGAGGUGUUGACACCUGAUGGAAGACCAAUUCAGAUGAGGAUAGGCAUUCACUCAGGCUCUGUGCUGGCUGGAGUUGUUGGGGUAAGAAUGCCACGAUAUUGCCUGUUUGGAAAUAAUGUCACUCUGGCAAGCAAAUUCGAAUCAGGAAGUCACCCUCGACGCAUCAAUGUCAGCCCAACAACUUACCAAUUAUUAAAACGAGAAGAAAGUUUCACAUUCAUUCCUCGGUCCCGUGAAGAGCUUCCAGACAACUUUCCAAAAGAAAUCCCUGGUAUCUGCUAUUUCCUGGAGGUAAGAACUGGUCCUAAGCAGCCAAAGCCUUCUCUUUCUUCAUCGAAAAUAAAAAAGGUUUCCUACAACAUUGGCACUAUGUUCCUCCGGGAGACAAGCCUCUGAGACCUGCUGCAGAUCAAAGACUCCUCCAAAAAGCACAAGCCCAGAACAUGGGUCAUGACAGGAGAAUGAAGAGAGAGAUUUCUCUUUCACUGCUUUGUUGAGAACAAGCAGUGGAAUUUCUGUUAUGUCAGGCAAUAAUCCUGGAAAAAGAUGGGUUAUGACUGUCAAUAAAAAACCUGGAGAGCAAGGGGGUAAUGUAUUUGUUCUUAUGAGUGAUUUGGGUCAUAUAUAUAUUAUAUAUGUAUAAUACAUAUAUAUGUAUUUUAAUUAAUUACAAAUGUGGGGCCCAUUCAAAACUAAUCAACAGUCCAUGUUUUCUUGUUUGUCACACAUAUAGGUAUCUUUAUAUAUUUGUAUUGCUUUUGAAAGCCAGUUUUGAUUAUAUAUUCCUACAUUUAGUGAGUUGGUAUGAGAGGAAUAUUUUCUAAUUUUGUUUUUCUGAGCAGACAUUUCAUACAUAUAUCUUGGCAGUGUGGUAAACUUCCCAGCAGGAAAAACUGUUAACUGCAAAAUAUUUUAGGGAUAUUACCUAUUUUUAUACAUACCUCUAUAUAAUUUCAUGCAGCACUAGAUUUUUCAGAAUAUGCUACUGUAUAGUUGAUACAUUAUAUAAUUCUAACUUAUAAGUUAAAUAUAGUUUCACUUAGACUUAAACAUAACCUAGGAUUUCAGAUGCCAAGAAAGCAUUGUAUAUCUACUUAGUAAUUAUAUCUUUUAGAUCUCAUUAAUGUAUCACAGAAUCCAAAGGAAAUGGAAUUUCCUAAUAGCAAACGUAUGUAUCUGUAACCAAGAUUAAAGAUCUUUUUGCUAUUUUCUAAGAAAUAACAGUGAAAAUAAAAUGCUUUGCUACACUGGACCCUUUCAACUUAGCACUUCUAAAUAUACAUAGUUUUUACAAUAUAUUAAAUUAUAAUAAACAGCAUCCUACUAAAUGACAUGGAAGUCUUUCCCCCUCGCCCUGUCACCUUCUUCAAUGUAUGCUUCCGAAAGGCUAACUGCCCAACUUGGGGAUAAAUUACUAAACACUGGCAUUAGUGAGAAAGAAGUGUAGGUUAUUUUGCCAAGGAUGUUGUUUAUUCUUGCAUAAUAAAAACAAGGGAAAAUGUGCUUUAUGAAUUUGAGAUUUUUUACUGUUCUUCCAUAGUUUAUUUGAUGUGACUUUUAAAUUCAGUGAAUCACCUUCAUUAACACUGAAGUAUGCCUAACCUCCAUACUUAGUAAUCACAGUAGUUACAGAUAGGCUUUCAUUGCAUGUUCUGAUUAACAAUGCAUGAAAAUAUUAUUACAGACUCACCCUGAAAUUAGGAGCACAGUGUGUCCACAAUUUUCCUAAUUUGGUUCAGAUAUAAAAACUAAGUUUCUCUUCAGUCUAAUUAGUUAGAAAGUAUUGUUUCCUUGAAACCUUGUGGUGGCCAGUUUCUUACUCCAGUAAGUAUAUUCAUCGGUAGCUUAUGUCUACUGAAUAAAACACAUUUUUCUGUUUAGGGUUUUGACUGCAUUAUGAUUUGCUUAUCACAUAACUCAGUUAAGGAAUAUAUUAACUAGUGUCCAAUGUAGUCUGUGAGGAUUAAUUAGUGUUUUCAAGCUCCCUAAGUAUACAGCUAGGAAAUACUUUUAGAUAUGCAAAAUAUUUGUUAUAAUGGUUAUCAUUUUUAUAAUGAUUGAACUCUGUCUCUCCUUGGAGCAUAAGAGGACACAAGUGUAACACUUUUCAUGUGGAGAUAGGACCUAGAUCCUGAACUCUCUGAAUCCUUGCCUGUCCCUCCAUUCCUUGGAUCUAGGUCUCUGUUUUUAACCACAUCUGAGCAAGAAGGCCAGGGUGUUUAUAGGAAGCUGUGGAGGCAGAGGACAAGGUGCUCUCAUAUGAAUAAUUACUCACAAAAUAAUUUCUUUAGUGGCCUAGAAGAUUAACUCACUUCUUCCAUAGGAAAUAGAGGGCAAGCUUACAGUCAGUGUGGAAAGAAUAGGCUCUGGGAGCACUUUAAUCCUCCUGCUGAGACUAGGAAAUGCCUUAGCUAUGCCAGUGGUCUUCUUAUAGCGCAGGAGCAUGCGGAAAGAACCAAACUCACUGAAGUCAUUUAUGCUUAUUCUGCACAGUCACUUAAAGCAUAUUGUGAAAUAGUAAAUUGUAAGUAUUUUAAUCAUAACCAAUGUGUUUUGUGACCAUAAGGCUGAAAGGGACUUCCAAGAAUCAUCCGAUCUAUUUCUCUGCUUUUUGUAAAGAUUUGUCUAAGCAACUAUUCUAAACAUAUGGUUAUUUUCUCUAUACUUAAAACUAUCUGUGGGAAGCAUAUUGUAAAAGCAUCCUCGACAAUCUACUUCAUUAUCUAGUAGUUGCUGAUAGGGCUUGGGAUAAGAAUUGUAUAUAUUCAAUUUGUGAGACGAGUAAGCUCUUUCUUAGUUUAUAUGAUUUUACUUAGAGAAAAGUAGCUAUUUACAUUGUCACAAAUGUCACAAUGAAGAAUAUGCCAGAGAUCUAUUCAAUAUCACAAACAGGAUGUAAACUACAUUUUUCAUACAAUAUAUAUCUUUGAAGAUAUAGUCUGAGGCAAUAUUCUGAUCUGUCACAUUUUUCCAACCUAGUACAGCUGACUUAUAGUAGCUGCACUCUUCCUAUAUGUAUUUGCAAAAUAUGGUAUAAAAUGGCAAUUCAUUCUAGCUGCAAUCAUAGAAUUUAGAGGCUGUGAAAAAGCAUUAUAUUUUUAUGUGUCCUAUAGAGUACAAUACAUGUAUCCUCCAUUAGCAAUUGUGAUUGUAAUAACGGGUGGCAUUUGGUAUUUCAUUUGACAAAUAUCUAUACAGUAUUUGCAUGGACAAACUAUUACAUCCAUCAUGUGUUUUAGUGUGGCAGAUUGGAAGGAAUUUAAAUGAAUGUCCCUUUAGAAAUCAAGUGGUAUUAAAUUGGGGAAAUGGCUUUACCCACUCUAAAGGGGAUACUUUAAGGGAAAAAAUGGCACCUAUAGUCCUCUGUUUCAGUUAUCUUUCAAGCAACUGGUUUGAAGAAGUUACUUUAUGACUAGCCAUCAGUACCAAACCUUCAUGUUGGCAUCAAUACAAUUUUAAUGGAGAGAAUGUCAUUGUUUACAAAUAAAUGAGUCAUAUAACAAAGCCAGAAACCCCCCAUAAGUACCCAAAACAUACUGUACAGUAUGUGCUUUGUGAACCGUAAUAAAUAAGUAACAGCCAUAAUAAAAAGAAUAAUGCUCAAUGCCUAAAGAACACAUAUAGUUGGGACUCUUGACUGUGUAGUGUUGAGUAGAGAUGGGAAGGAAGAAACAACUUCUAGAUAACAGUUUAGUCCAACUAUCUAAAAUCGGCCUUGAUACUCAUCUCUUCUCUUAAAAAUUUAAAAUAUUUUUUGAUUUCCCUUUUAAUGUCUGAUUAUGUGUGAAAUCCAGUGAGCUGUGUAUGACCAAUGGUGACUCUGAGACAGGCACUGAUGGCCUAAGACUUGAGAGUGGGUUUAUGGGGGAUCCAGUGCUUCAAGUAUGUAUUCUCAAGAUCUCACACUUUUCUUAUCUAGUAACAAUAGUAGCAGGAGCAUAGCGUUUUAGUGUCAAAGUGCAAAGUUGCGUGUCUCUCCAGGAGCAAAAUAGAACAACAACUUAAACAAAAUCUCAUUCACAAGUCUUAAUUUGGCAAAUUCCUCCAAAGAGUUAUAGCAAUAAAGCAAAAUUAAAUUGACGGAUAGAGAACACAAAAUCACAGAGAAUUUGGAAAACUGCCAGGAUGUCUUUUUCUACAGAAUCAUACUGAUAUUAGUUGAAAUGGUAUAUCUGAUAUCAUGAGGUAUAAAGAGGGAGCUCAAGAUUAUGAAUGUCAUUAAAAAUAUUUAUUGAAGAUUCCUUGUAUUCCUAACUCAAGGCAAGUUUGCGGAUUAUUAGAGAAGACAGUAAAACUUGCAUUUGUAGGUUUUUGUGUGUAUGCAUUUUCAGCACAACUUAACCCAUGCCCAGAUCCUCUCUUACUCCAUGCUGUCAUUGGAAACCAUCUUACCAAGUCAAGUUUGGUUCCAUCAAACCCCAUUUUCUCUGUACCUCUGAACCUAACAUGGCCAUAGAAAGAGUUGCAGAUGCCUAUUUUAGACAGAUUGGAAGAUACACAAAACUCCAGGCCCAAGUAACAAAGCACAUAUCAAGUGAACUAACCAUUCUUAGUUGAGCUGGAGUCAUAUACAGGUAUAAAUGCUUAUACCUGUAGCUUCUUUCUCUGCUCUCUUCAAAAUACAAUCUGGCUCUAAGCACUUUGUGCAAUUUCAAUACAUGUUCCUUCAGAAUGAAUUACACAUGGCUCUGAAUAGGCUCUGGGUGGCACCAGAUGUCUUUCAGCCAACAAUACCUAGAAAUUCAAGUCUAAGACCUAAGCCCUAUAUUAUAGCCUGGGUAUUUCUCUUAGAUUAUACCCUGAUGCUGGGAAAGAUUGAGGACAAGAAGAGAAGGGGCAACAGAGGAUGAGAUGGCUGGAUGCAUCACUAACUCAAUGGAUAUGAGUUUGAGCAAACUCAGGGAAAUAAUGAAGGACAGGGAAGCCUGGCAUGCCACAGUUCAUGGGGGUAACAGAAUCGGACACAACUUGGUGACUGGAAAACUAUAGCAGAUCUUUGGCUACAAAAAUUAUGCCAUUUCAGAGGCUUCUAUGAGCAUAUCUUAUUAGAUGUAACCUGAAAAACACAAUGCCCAAGAGGCUUAAUUAUUAAAGUGUAACAUACUACAUUCUGCAUGAUGAUUCUUUAAGGGUUGCUCUUGGUAUGAAUACACUUAAUUUAUAACCAGCUGACUUAACAUGUACAUAAACUGUGUUAACAUGAUUGAACGAAUUUUACUGUUAAAUGGAUAAACUGACUGCAGCUGUGGACUCAGUUUCAUGCUCCUCCUGGUCUUGAAUGAAGAACAGACACUGAUAUUAUAUACAGACUAACAUAAAUUUUGUCAGAGCAUUUUGAGACAGCGUGCAAAAUUCCUUAUACUUGAUUCGAAAAGUUGAAGCCUGAGUAUUAUGUUACCUUUCUGUUUACUUCCUUCUUUUGUUCCUUUUUUCCUUUCAUAAAAGUCAUUGCUCCUUCUUUUCUUUCUUCUUCCUUUCAUUAAAAAGUCAUUGAUACAUUUCUAAACAGGAAGAAUCACAGCUAAUCUUAUGUUACAGAAUAGUUUUAGUUUUAUAAAGUAAUAAACAAUGCGCAUUUGUGUGCACUGAAUGUAGAUAUUACAUGAUUAAAAGGAAUGACAUGUUGGAAGGACUUGGCAUAUAGAGAAGUAAAGUCUGUGUCUUUAUUUCUGUUGUCUGUGACACACAAACCACAGCUUCAGCCACGUGCCUCGUUGGCAGUUCCAUCCUUACUAAGAAAUGAUCCUGUUCAAUGUUUCAACGCAUCGCUUGGCAGUGUCUGUGCCUUAGGAAGCUUUUAGUAGUGGUAGUAGUUUAGUCACUAAGUCACGUCCGACUCUUGUGACCCCAUAGACUGUAGUCCGCCAGGCUCCUCUGUCCUUGGGAUUCUCCAGGCAAGAAUACUGGAGUGGAUUGCCGUUUCCUUCCCCAGGGCAUCUUCCCCACCCAGGAAUCAAACCCAGGUCUCCUGCAUUAUGGGCAGAUUCUGUACCAACUGAGCUAUGAAGGAAGACCUGAGGAAAUUUUAGGGACACAAAUUACUGGGCUUUACCUUUAAGAUUUGGAUUCAGUAGGUUUCAGGUGAAGGCUUAGGAAUCUAUAUUUAGAAAAUCACUCUAGGUUAUGCUAAUAUACAGCCAGAUUUGGGGAUCAUUGAAUAAUAUUCAAAUAAUCCCAAUUACUAGGAAUAAAUACAAGCUGACUGAGAUAGAAAUAUAUUAUUUUAUUUGUAGUUAUUUUUAAAAGCAAAUGCUCCAGGUUUCAUAGCAUUAUUUCUUUCACAAGUUUUAAUUUUUCAGCUUUGGUUUCAAAUUUAUAGUCCACUUUUUGAGCAUAAGUCUUCAAAUUUACUAUAGACUUAAGUCAAUACUGAUAAGCAUGAGGGAUUAAUAUUGCUCACUAUUAGGAAUUCUAGACACAGUAAGAUUUUCUUAGAAACUGCCAGAGCUGUGCAGAGAACAUCACAAUAUUUGCUGACCCUUACCACCAAGAUAUGAACUAUGACUGUUUGGACAGAGAAGUAAAUGUCAAAGUAACAGCCUUACUUCUGAAUGCUUUGAUUUUUAUGUUCUAAAACAUCACCAACGUAAUGCUUAGUCUCACUCUGUACUUUUCACAUUGAAUCAUACAUUCAUCUAAAAAUUAUGUCCUAGCAAUAUUUUAUAACAACCUUUAAGCAAUAAUCUAAGCCAUGAUGAUGAUGAUGUAUGAAACUUGCAGUCCUCUGCAAGUUCAGGGAAAGAGAGACAUGUCUUACAUAAGCAAUAAUAUAAGUAGUGUGGACUUUUAAAUGAUAUUCACCAUUCUACUACAGCAAAAUGAGCAGCAAGGGAUAGAUAAAAAAUUAUCUGAGCAGGUAACAUGCUUAAUCUCUCUCAUAAAUUCUUCAUUUUCACACAUGCUAUGAAGUAAUUGAUAUGUUCUGAUCAGAUUGUUUCAAAUAUAUAAUUAUUGAUAUCUAUCAUAAUAUGAUUUCUAUUCCUCUGAAAGCAUUGUGAAUGUUUUACACCCAGAUUUUCAGAUCUUUGUAGUAUAUAAUAAAUAGAAGUUUUUAAGUAUAGAUAAAUGAGCAAGAAUAUAGAAUGGGUUGGAUGAACUAAUUGAGAGUGUAGGCUUGGCAAAAAUAUAGAUACACCUUGGGAUAAGGUAAUUAAUUCAACUAUUUGUUUUAUUAGGUCUGAUAAGAUGAAAGUUUAAAGAGUCAUUUUCACUGUUUUCUGUGAUACUGAAUGUUUAGUAGGUACAAUAAUAUUUUGGCUUUCAGAAUGUGAUUGGUUGAAAUUCAUCUGUAGUAUAAUUUUAAAAUGUCUGAAAAUUAUUGUGUAAUUAUAUUUUAAAUAGCCUGUACUUUUCAUUUGACAAUUACACUAAAGCUCACAGGCUUCAGAAUGAUUAAUUCAUAUUUCUAUUUUCUUAAAAUAUAAUUUUAAUCAGAUACAGCAUGGUUAAUAAUAAUCAGUCCUUUAGUAGUUAAAUUGUUCCUCCCUCAUUUAGAAUCAUGUAUCAGGAUUACAACUAAAGUAACAGGUAAAUUUAUGAUACACUGAGGUACUUCUAAUCAUCUGAUUAUUAUUUAGCAAAAUCAUAUAAGGUCAGAAUCCAUUCCUAAGCCUCUAAAUAAGAAUGUUGUUUAGUCGUUAAGUCAUGUCUGACUUGUUGUGACCCCAUGGACUGUAGCCUGCCAGGCUCCUCUGUCCAUGAGAUUACAGCUUCUAUUAUUGUCUAGAUGGAUAAACUCCCUUAUAAUUUUGAAUCUGAACACAAUUGGAAUCGUGAGUGAACUUGCUAGUAUUUUACCUUUCAACUACCAACAUCAAAGCUUAAAUUAACAUCCUCCUACACACAGUUUAUAAAAUUCCCCUAUAAAAAUUAAACAGGGUGUGUUGAGUCACUGGGAAAGUUGUUUAUUUUUUCCUACUGAGAAAGCAUUUGAUGAUCAUCUUCUUGUAUAUCAUUGGAAGCUUAUACCUUAAUAUGCUUUUGAUAAUAAAUAAUAAAAAUAUUGAGUCCACUAAAAAUUACAGUAAAUUUAAUUUCCUCAGUUAUGUAGUUGCUGAUCAGACCACUCUUAAUGUUAGACUUAAGUACUAUUGCUAAUUAUUUGAAAGCAGAAGAGACAAGAAAAACUAAAUGAUGAGCUUAAGUAACAGCUUUUUUCUAAUUCUUUUGAUAUAUAUUUUUUAAAUAAAGGAAUUGGUUUAUAUUUAAUCUUCCUCUGUGGCCUUUUGGCUAGUUGGAGAUAAAGAAGGGAUUCUACUAAAUGAAUUUUUACUGUGGGCUAUUAAGUGUAAUUAAUAAGUAGAACAGUAAUGUAUUAAUUGGGAUAAAAUCAGAAUUCUGCAAAAUUGUUUCCUCACAUUCCUUACUUUUUUUAAAGACAGUUCUUCCCAUUUUGCUGCCUGGCAUCAGACUCAGUACACAGGGACAGAUGGAGGGGUGGGAUGAGCAGGAGCUUUAGAUGAGAUUGGUUAGAGAUUGAACUUUUUUCUUUGUGAAAGUAUACACACUCCUAAAGGGAGGCAGUUUUCAUAAUAGACACAUGUGCUUUAGUGAAAGCCAAAUGAUUUGCUCAUUUUUAUUUUAAAAAGAAAAUAGAAAAAAAUCCUUCAUGAACUAGUUUCAGUUUUCUUAGGAGGUAGUGACAACCUCUUAGCAGGGGCACACAUCUGUGAAACUGGAAUUAGAAGCUCACAAAGCUAUAUAUAGAGACUCUGAAGGUGGUAGAUACAGCUAGUUUUGGUUACGAUGAUUAAGAUCAAUGCAAGUGUCAGAAUAUCUGGACUUGAGGAGCAAAGAAGAAAAAAUACCAGAUCAGAUCAGAUGUAUAUCACAGAAAGCCUGUGAAAAUUAGCACAAAAGACUAUCUGUGUUCAAGUAAUACUAAAGCAAAAUAUUUUUUUUCCUGCCUGGUUGAGCACAAUUUGAUUUUGUACUUCAUUUUUUGUUGUUGUUGUUCUGACAUUAUAGAAGUUAUAUCAUUCUCUAGUUGGAAAAUCUAAUCACAAAGAUUAGGAAAUAUUUAUUCUGUGUAGUUACAUCUAUAAAAUGGCUUGGGGGAUCUAUACUAUAUUCUAUAUUCUUCUUCACAUUGCUUACAAAUUGGGCUUUAGCUGCAAGCAAACAGGUGAUCAACUUUAGAGGAGAUAAAAGAUUUUAUGACACCAGGCCUUUCCAUCUUAUUCUGGGAUGCUCCAGAGUCCUGGAGCUGGGGAGACAAUUACCUCACAACAUUUGAUGAUGUUCUGAGAGAUGAAGGUGUACUCCCAGUCUUUUAAAAUUAAACGGGUUAGUCUCUAAACAUCAUUUAAAGAUGUUUCACUUUACAUGAAGCUAGUUAAUUCAAGCAGUUUGUUUAGAACUGAAAUUUUAAAAGGAAGAAACAAACCUGAGCAAUUUUUAAUCAGAAUUAUUAGACUGUUUUUUUUCAUUUAUUUUUAAGUGGAGAAAAAUUGCUUUACAAUAUUGUAUUGGUUUCUGCUGAACAACAACACAAAUCAGCCAUAAGUUUACAUAUAUUCUCUCCUUCUUGAACCUCCCUCCCUCCCACCAAGCCCCCAUCCCAUCCCUCUAGGUUGUCACAGAGCACCAGGUUGAGCUCCCUGUGUUAGAAAAAUAAUUUAGGACAAAAAGUUGCUGUCUUGAAAGCCAGGUUAGUUAUAGCAAAAUUUCAGAAUGCUAAAGAUUUUUGAAAGUUUUCUAAAGGUAUGAAGUGCUUCAGCACUGAGAAAGAAAAAAGAUAACAAAGAAUUACAAAUCACAUUUCAAUUUUUUUCUCUAUGUUUUCCAUUUGUUGCAAGAAAGAAAGAUGUAGAAGAUGUCAAAAAUGAGUCAAAGUUAUUAAUUUUGGCAAUGAGCUAUGGUUUAUAAAUUUGGCAACAUUCUUUUACUUAAAAUAAUAAGCUGUUUUUUAAUAAUAUGAGGGUUAAGGGUAACAGUCAAGUAUACUGUAUUCCCAUUCAUCUAUAUAUGGAUCUAGAGCAAAGUAUCUCAACUUCUCAGAAUAAAUCUAGAUGAAAAAUAAUUUAUGUUCAAAAUUUUGAACAAUAAAUAUGUUAUUCUAUAUGUUUUCUGACUAACAAGAAGGUAUGCAUUUCUAUACUUAAUGAAAUCUCAAUUCCUAAAACAAUUCUAUUUUUAUUGAUUCCCAAGAAGCUUUCCUUCAUGGUCAAUAUCACUAUCGUUGAAGGCUGGCAGGAGAGUAUGAGAUGAUAUAUAAUACUAGGAUGAUCUGCACCAAUUAUUUCUGUAAAAUAAUUUAAAAUCUGCCCCCCUCAAAAUUUUUAAGCUUUUUUUUUAGUUCAAAUCUCCAUAGUUAAAGAAAACUCCAUGUUGGAGUGGCCAGAUGUUAUCAACAUGAAACCCCCCUCUCCAAAUUUUAUUGGUAUAAAUUACCAGGUUAAAAUCAGAUUGGCUUGAAGUCUCAGAUAAAUUGUUUUUGUAUUAUUUGACUAGAAAGUGUUAUCAAGAAUAAGAAAUUUAAAAAAAGAAUAAGAAAUUUAUUCUUAUGUUAGAUUUCAUUCUAGCAAAGCACGUCUAGAUAAACUGGAUGACUAUAAUUAUCUACAAUAAUUCAAGGAAUUUUAAAAAAUAUAUUUUUGCUCUUGUUGUACAAAGAUAAUUACUAGUGAAUGGUAGCCAAAAUUAUUAUUCUUAUCCUUUUAAUUUGUUUCAAGUAUGUUACCAGACAAUUAUAAAAUCCAUCCCUUUCAGUUGUUAUGCAAUUCAGUGACCUGAAACUGUUGGUACUCAUUGCUUUUUCUUUUAAUCCUUAAAAUUCUUUUUUUUCCUGUCUAAAGAAAAAUUCUCCUACUAAAAUGCAAAUGCAUAUCUGACUAUAGGAAGUAUCCCAUUUUACUUCAGCUGGACUGCAACCAAAAAAAAAAAGACACCUACAUAGAAGAUUACAAGAGACAAAAAUCACUUUGCCUACAUUAAAUUGCCUAAAUAGCUCAACCCUGUUAACUUAGAAGAAAGUUGAAGAUAGAUGGGAAGGCUAACUGAUUAUAGUUUAUUUUUAAAGCACUAUUAAUACAUAACAGAAUAUCAUGAAAUUCAGCAUGUCAAAAUUUUGAUCAAGAAACAGGAAAUAUGCUAAUCAGAAUAAAAAGAUUUAAAGGAACAAAUAAUCUUGUUUUAUAUGUGCCCAUCAGUGCAGAAUUUGGGAAUAUUUGGUACUAUGUCAUUAAUCAAUACUUGCAUUAUGAUCUAAUUUAAUAUUAGCAUAGUCUUUAUGCUGAUAAGAAACCAGGCAAGAGUCCAAAUAUCAAGUGUGGCUAUAACUUGAAUAAACAAUAGAGUUUGAUGUUACUUCUGAGUAAGAUUAUUGAUGAACGUAAAAUGAAUGGGCUAUAUCUAUAGGUGUUACAUGCAGUAAAAUAUUUGGGCUCAAGUUUGUCAGCAUCCUCAGCUUCUCUUUUCUAUCUCUCCCUCCCUCCUUUCCUUCCUUUAAUCCCUCCCUCUUCCUCUCACCCCUUCCUUCCUUCCUUUUUUUCUUUUUCUUAUAAAGUAUGUGAAAAAUAAUAUUUUAUUAUUAUGGUUGAGAUUGCUUUUUCACUUUCACAUGAUGGGACACUUUGUGAAUUCAUGAGAUAAGGAAAAGAAGGUGACUAUUCAGAUACAGACCACUUGGGUAUAGAAAUGAUUGAGACAAUUGAGAACUUGGCUUCUAUAGACAUUUCAUCAGUUAAGACAAACAUGAAUUUUUGUUUUCUUUUUAAAAUGCUCUUCUUUUAUUGAAUUUUAACACGAUUUCAAGAAAUAUCAGGGUCACCCUUUUUGGACAAUCUCCUCCUACAAACAUCUUAAUUUGAAAAAAUCCUCUUGUUUUCAAAUGGUAAAUCUUUCCUUGGGUACCACACUGCUAAAGAUAAAAAUAGAAAAGAAGCUUCUUCUACCUAUAGGGAAAUUUUUUUGCAAAAUCUACUUCCCAGGUACUACUUGAUUUUGUUGGCUCUUUGUCUAGAGAUGACUGAUACACUGUGUUGCUUCCUGUAUACCCUUCUGUAACUCAGUUUGACAUAGUAUGGUGUUUGGGUUCUUUUUUGAGGGUUUGAAAAUGUUUGCUAUCAAUUUCAUGUCUACUGUAUUGAAAAAGUAAUAUGUAUUCCAAAUUUCUUAGCUCUAUGCCUUUAAAUUUUGGCAUAUAUUCAGAUAGUUGUUUAUAACCAUCAUUUUGAGUUAUUCACUAGAAUUAACAAAUUACCAUAAUCUUAAGUAUAAAAACACAGGUUGGAUCAUUUUAUGGUAGUUAUAUUGAGGGAUCAAUUAUUUACAAAUCCCAAUCCAAAACCAUUUUUUUUCCAGGGAAAUUCAGUGAUUUCUAGCAGAUAAUAUGAUUCAUAAAGGAAAAGAAAUAAAACAUCUCAUUUAAAGGAAUAAUGAGAAAGACAGAGAGUAUGUUCUUCUAUUUUAGAUAUCCCUAAAACCACAAUAAUUUGAACAAGUCUUGAACAAGAUUUAAAGAAUAUUUAAUCUCUAAAACUUAAAAUUUUAUUAAUUUUUUGUUGUGUAUUAAUAUUACAUUCAAGCUCUUUACUAAGUUUUCUAUGUGACAUACAUUUGUUUGUGUUCAUUAACAGCAAAUUAUGUAGAAAUGAUAUAGCUAUGUUUUCUCUCUGGAAAGAUUUGCUUCAGUAAGUCAAAUACCUUUGAAUUUUGGUAUUUAUUUCUCAUUUGAACUUCAUUGAACACCUCAGGGAUCUUCUACUGUAACAAAUCAGGUAGUCUGUCAAAGGAAAGGAUAUGAAAAAUUCAGAAAAUUUAAAACUUCAAAGGGAAGAAUUUCUAUGUCAAUCAAUUUUUAUUUAUUCCACAUUGAUAUUUAUUUUGAAAUUGUGAAAAAAUAGGCAUCUUCCAUAUAAAUUGACAUCUAUGAACAUGCGAAUUUCUUUCUUCCUAUAUUUUUCAGUGUUAAGAAAACCUUUGUCUUGAAAUGAUAGACCUUAAUACUUUUUUUUCUUUUUGGAAGAAAUAUGACCAGUAUCUUUGUCAUUUUUAUUUGUUGAGGGAAAUGUUUUAAGUAAUGAAUGUAAAAAUAGAAGAAAUAUGGUUGAGGAAAACAGAUGAAAUAUAAGGUGACAUUUGAGCAGCUGUGAGCUACAGCCCCAUUUUCUCCCUCUAUUUUGUUGCCUCUUACUAAAUUUAUAUUGAAGGCCCAGACUGGCAAAAAUAACAACUACUAGUCAUUGUCUCCUUUUAUUAUUUAGAAAUAAGCAAAAAUUAUUCCAACUAUGUGGAAAUUGAUUCACAUAAUAAUGGCAGCUUAUUACUACUAUGAAAGUCAGGUUAAGUUCAAAUAGAAAAACAGUUCAUGGGCAAAACAACUUUUUGAUUUUCUUAGAGUUGAAUUAACAGCUUUUUCUUUAAAAAAAAAAAACUUCCUGAAAAGUUUUCCUUGGACAAACUGUAAUUUUAUAACUGCCUUUAAUCACAUUAUAAUUUUGGUAAUCAAGUGACAAAGCUGUCUCAUUAUGCUUUUAAAAUUUAUCAAUUAAGUGCAUUUUAGAAGAGAUCGGGCAUGUUCAGGGUGGUAUGGCUAUAGACAAUUAAGUGUAUUUCAGAAAUAAUACAUAUCAUUCUUCAUUUCAAAAUCAAUCUACCUGAAUUCCGACACUUCAACUGUGAAUAGCCAUUUUACCAAGCCAAAGGUUUUCAUUUCCCUAACAGUAUUUAGAUAAAAACAAAACAAACAAAAAUCUGCCUGCUCAUUUUAAUGUGUAAGUAGCCAAUGCAUUUCUAUCAAACAUUCAAAUGCUAUACAAAUAUAAACAGGUUUCCCCAACCCACUUAAUAAAAUCACAUGAGUAUACUGUGCUAGGCCUUCAUUCAGUUCCUCUGCAUGGGGUAGGUUUUACUUAACCAGAUAACAGAAUUGUUUUAAUGUUUUGUCCAAUUCAUUUGCUAUAAUCUUAUGUGUCUAAAUUUUUUGUUUGACCUGUAAUGUAAAUAGUAUUUUCCAUUUGCUAUUCUAUUAUCAAAUUAUAAUUUGUAAACCAUUACUUUUAAAAAUCUAGUUAUCACAAACUUAAACUGCAAUGUCAUAAAAUAAUACUAAGAAAUAUACUAAUAUAUUCAUAGGGCAUGGUUAAGUUACAUAUGUUUUGAAAUGUCAAGCUAUUUUUGAAUUUUAAAGAUGAUUGCAUCCUUUAAACAUGUAGCAUUAAUUUUAAAAGUUUGUUUGGUGUUUCAUAUUAUAUUUUAAGGUAUUUUUUCUUUACUCAAUAGUACAAGUUUAGAGAAGCUUUCUGAUUGAAAGGAUGAAAUAUGUCUCAUUUCACUAGAAGUUUAAGAAUACUAGUGUGUGUAAAAGUAUGUAAGCACUUAUAGGAUUAUAAACGUCUUUGCUUUUGAUGUAACACCACUUUUUAUUCAUUUGAUUGUGCUUAUUUAUAGUUAUUCUAAAUCGUGCAUGAUGUAAAUAGUAUGUUUCAUUAUGUAAAAUGUCUUUGUAUUUACAGACCGAAAAAUAAGAUAAAUUUGUAUAUGAAAAAUCAGUGAUUAAAAAUUUGGGAUUCUUAUAAAACAAAGUAGAAAUAACAGUUGUGUGUUCUAUUUACAUAAUUCAUUACAAAACUCUCUGUUUAAACCAAACAUUUAUUUACCUUAUAAGUCAAAACUGUCACUUAUAAAAUAUUUAAAUCAAUAAACAAUACCAAAACAGA